AUGGCAGUGGAGGUGGAUGAAAUGAAUGAAAAAAGAGAGGGAGAUGUUCUAAUGUGUAACACUGAGCUUGAAACUGGGCAUUUGGAUCAAGGAAAACCGAAAGACAAGUCUGCCGUUGCGGGUAUCAUAGCAGCUGCAGCGAAUUUGCUUACAAUUGCAUCAGCGAGCAACCCCCUCGACGUUGGAUUCGCGUAUUUUAUUAUUGGCGUUUGUAUUAUCGCCCUCACUAUCGGCCUUUUUAUAAUUCUCUUCCGAAACCCCUAUUUCUUGUAUUACUGGAAAAACAAAGGAAUCAAACAACGAACUGAUAACACUCCGUGGAACGUGAAACUUAGGCGGACCGCGGCCAAUCUCUGGCACGCUAUGUGGGAGGUCAGAUGGACUGGCUUUACUCUACUUUUUACUCUCGCUGUUACCUUAGCCGUAUUUCCUAGCGUGUAUGUUUUAUUGGUUCCCAACAACUUUGAUGAAAACAGUCAGUGGCACACAAAAUAUUUCCACGCUGUUACUGUCUUCCUAUGCUACAAUGUUUUCGACUACGUGGGACGCAUGUUUGUCGGGUGGAUUAAAUGGCCAAAAUUCGCACAGAAGAAGCUUCUUUUGUCCAUGGCAGUUCUUCGCGCGAUCCUGAUUCCAUUGUCAACGCUGUGCAACAUUAAUUCAAAACGGAUUCCUACCGUUUUUUAUCAUGAUUCAAUUCCAACUAUCCUAGUCGGCCUGCUCGGUCUUACGAAUGGUUAUCUCAUCUCCCUGAGUGUCAACUAUGCACCAAGAUAUGCAUCGCCGGGCAACGAAGAGGGCUGCGGCAUUGCAACGUCAACGUAUAUCUCGCUGGGUCUGUGUAUCGGCGUAUUCCUAUCCUAUGGAAUUGUGGCCCUCGUCUAG